CCCGUUCUUGCCUAAAUUACACGUAAUUUUAGUCAAAUUACUUAGGAUUUCCCUUUUAUUACAUAAAAUUUUAGUUAUAAUAAAGAUGUAAAUUAGUGAAAACCUCAAUUUCUCCAAUAAUUUAAUUAUAUUUAUCAUAAUUUUGUUUGUUUCCUUGGUCUUAUAAUAAAAAUAAUAAAUAUUUCUAAUAUUUUUCAUGUAAAUUGCAUAUCCAUUGGGUCGAUCUGUCCCGACCCAUGAUCAGUGAUAAAUUACCCGACCUACCGGAGCGGGUCUGAGUACCAAGAAACCCGGGCCGGACCUGCCCAUUGCCAUUCCUACUUGGAAGUUCCAAGUACAACGAAAUUCCUCUCUUUCUCAACUGGGAAUCGCAGCGGGAUGGCGGCCACCGAGGGACGAAGUCGGAGCAAAAUUGCGAGGGUUGUUCUUCUACUCAUACUGUCACUGUCGUCCGUUACUGUGGCAUACCGGCCGGGAGACAUCGUUCCGAUGAGCAAGAUGGGGCAGUACCACUCGUCCAGAACCAUGUGGCAUGAUAUGAUCGGCAAGCAUUGCCCCAUUUUUGGCGUCAAUCGCGAGGUUUUGGUUCCGAUCGCAAAGCCCACGGGUUACACCGGCGCAGAUCCUUACAAGAUAUCGUUUCAAGUAGGAAGGGAAAAGUAUCAAACUCCGUGGCUUUAUGUGAUAAAUAGGAAAAGUUCUGAGGUUCCUAUGAUUGAUGUGCAUUUGAGGUAUGCAGGUGGUGAUUUGCAUGGGAUCACUUCGCAAGUUGUAGAUAUGCCUCAUCACUAUGUGGAAAUACACCCCAACAUCCGUAAACAAUUUUGGGAUCCUCAGCAUUGGCCCAAGCAUGUUCUUGUGAGAUACACUUGGGAGGAGCAUUCUGAUAUAGAUGUGGCUGCUGGUUUUUAUGUUUUGUUCGGAUCAGGCCUUAUGAUGUCUUUCAUUCUCUCAAUUUACAUCCUGCAGUCAUCACGGGACAAAUUAGCGAGAUUUGUCAGAGAGACUGUUGGAGAAGGCGGCAUUCCCUCUGGAGUCAUUGCAAAGGUUGAAUGAGGAAGAGCUAUUGAAGGCUCCAUAAAUGGGUCUUUGAAGGUGGCAGUUAUUCUUACAUGCAAGGUUACUGGUUUCUCUCCAGCAAUUUCUACUUGAGAAGAUUUAUCUGAAAGCUGAAGCAGAAAUAUUGAGGUCUCCCAAAAUGUGUUGGAGGACAUUAGUGUUGGUCUGAUGAGUAGGAAUGAACAGGAUCUAUCUGUUAUGCAUAGCCAAACCUUUCCUGUACUCUCUCUAGUAGAACACUAGAUUCGAUAUGGUUAGCAAAUGAGUGUAUCAAACUCACUUUUGUUGUGUUAUUAGAUUCUCUGUAAUCAGAUUUCAGUGCCAGCGGAUUUAUGUCGUGGUGACUCUAGACAUGUGAGGCGCUCAUUGGGAAAAUUUAUCUAUUUGUUAUGACACAUAGGGGUGGGAAACGGUUUAAUCCGGUCAAAACCGGACCGGAUUAACCCGGUUUUUUGAAACCGUUUUGGCUAUAUCGACAACCGGGAAUUGGAUUGGAUGAAGAUCCGGUUUCAACCGUGACCGGAUUAAUCCGGUCCGGUUUUAACCAAAAAAUCUGGGGUGUGCAGGUUUACACCAAUACGCGUCGUUUACAAAUUAAAAAAAACAAAAGUGUGGGACGCUUGCAAGGUUGUUAAACCCCUAUCGAACCCCCCGGUUGGACCCAGUUCAACCCGAGUCGGGCUUCAAAACGGCCUCCAGAAAACCCCCCGGUCUGACCCCUAAACAGGGAGAAGAAGAGAGGCAAAAGAGAGGAAAAGGAACGAAGGAAGGGAAAUGGUAGGUGGAUCAUGGAGGUUAGGUAGAUUUAUUUUGUUGAAAAUAAGUUUUUAAUAGAUAUAUGUAAGAUAA